UUAAUACUUCCUUUAAACACAGAAGGAAAAAUUGAGAAUGGAAAUUUAUGCAAUUCCUACAUUAAGUUAUGUCAGAUGUUGAUAAGGGCAACAUCUUUUUUACGAUAUAGUACAGAGCGGGACAAGUAUUAAAUAUUGAUAGAAUUAUUUGAGUACGGAGGAAAAUAUAUGGCUACGCAUUGCAAGGAUCAAUUGGGUGGUCCGUUACUAAUUAACAAAUUGGAAACUAACGGCAUUACUGAUAAUGACAUACAACGACUUAAAAGUGCAGGCUAUCACACCGUGGAAUCUGUAGCUUUUAGCACACGAAAGGAUUUUUUAAAUAUCAAAGGACUUGCGGAUGCCAAAGUGGACAAAUUAAUAACACACGCGCAAAGUUUAGUGCCUAUGUGUUUCAAUACUGCUUCCCAUGUAUAUCAGAGACGUUCCGAGAUCAUAAUGCUAACGACUGGUUCAACAGAAUUAGACAAGUUACUACGUGGUGGCAUAGAAACGGGUUCAAUUACUGAAAUUUUUGGUGAAUUCCGGUCAGGUAAAACUCAAUUGUGUCAUACAUUAGCGGUCACCUGUCAACUGCCUAAGAUUAAAGACGACGUUUUAGAAAAUAUAGCUUGCGCUCGAGCUCACAAUUCUGAUCAUCAGACAGAAUUACUUAUGCAAGGAGCAGCAAUGAUGGCCGAAUCCCGAUAUGGCUUAAUCGUUGUGGACAGUGCAACCGCUUUAUACAGGACAGAUUAUGUUGGACGAAGUGAAUUAGCUCCUCGUCAGGCGCAUUUGGCAAGAUUUAUGCGCUUACUUCUCAGAUUAGCGGACGAAUUUGGCGUAGCUGUUGUUAUCACCAAUCAAGUAGUAGCUCAGGUUGAUGGCGGCAGUAUGUAUCAGGCUGAUGCCAAGAAGCCUAUAGGCGGUAACAUAAUAGCUCAUGCUUCAACAACUCGUUUAUAUUUGCGCAAAGGACGCGGCGACAAUAGGAUUUGCAAAAUUUAUGACUCUCCCUGCUUGCCCGAGUCUGAAGCAGUUUUUGCAAUAUUACCAGAAGGUAUAGGUGAUGCUAAAGAAAAAUAGCCAAUCUACCAUACUAACAUCCAUCUAAGACCGCAUCAUGUUUUUCUAUGCAUUUGUUUGUUGUUUUUGUUUGAUAUGCUGAUGUUUCAGACGAUGCCAUGUACAACUUGAUCUAGAACUGAUAAUGUAAAGCUUCCUAUCCUAUAAAUAUGUUAAACAAAAAAAAGUUGAACAGUAUGAACAAUAAGUUAAACAUAUAUAAGUAGGCAAAUAAAAACUAAAAGAAAAAAAAAA